UUUUUUUUUUCUUCCUCUCGACAAGACUCGCUCGACCGCCGAUUAUUUCACGGUCAAUUUUCACGACCUUUGUACCACCUAACUUGCACGACGCCGCAAGCAAAGGCUCCUUGCAAAGAAGCUACAAGAUGGCCAAGGGAUUGCGAGCCAGUGUGAACAAACGCAACAAGAGCAAGCUUCGCUCGCGAGUUUUCGGUCCAGUCGAAGACGCACGCACAGAACGCCUUUCAGCCAAACUACUCGAACUCGCCCAGCAGCCAAAACCCGUGCGAAGCGAGAUGGAAGUCGACGGGUCCGAAGGGAAGGAGGAAUCCACAUCUGCAACCUCCGAGAGCAAGGCAGCAGCCGGAGAUGAAGAAGACAUGGACAUCGACGCUUCGACGGCCCCAAAGAUCAAACCGGCGCACUCGUCCUCGUCCAAAGACGCGAAGAAGGGCCGUCGCAAAGUGGAGAAGAGACGCCAUCGCAAGGAGAAGAACAACAUCACUUUCAAAAAAGUGAAGCCCAGGCGGACCAAGGACCGUAUUGGACGCGCAUGACCGAUAAUUGAGAGAAGAGACAAGAUCAGGAAACCCAAAAAAAAACACUUUUCUUCUGGCGGGCGUCAAAUUUUUUUCGGCGAGGCUUUUACUGAGUGUAUGAAAUGAUACCCAUACAUAUUGAGCAGCAAUCUUGCAUGGCGAGUUCGGGAAAUAUAUAAUGAACGAAUGAAGGUUUUCCAAACAUUUGAACCCCG